GUCUUCUGCAACCCUUUUUGAACCGGGCUUCCGAUCCGCUUCCGGGCACCGCGGGGCCCCAUGGGCGGUGGCAGUUCCACCGGCGCCUCCUACGCCACCGCGGCGCCCGCGCCCGCGGAAGCCGCGCCGCUGCCCAACGCUUCGUCCUCGGCGUCCUCGGGGUCGGUGCUGGGCAAGGGCGCUGAAAGGAGGGUGGAGGCCGUUGCUUCUACCAGAGCCACUAGCUCCGCCAGUGGCGCAGCUGAAAGUCACUCAUGGCAUGGCACGCAGGAUGGCCGGAUCCGAGAGAAGCUGAUGCAGGCCAUCCGCUUUCGGAAGAAGUACCUCCACCAGGCGGCCGUGGUGCCGCCGGUGGACCCUGCAGCUGACACGACACGCGCGACGCUGGCCGCGGGGAAGGUCAUGGUCAUGGUCGAUGGCGUGGCCGAAAUCCCAGGCCUGGAGCUACCUGCCGUUCCCAGCAGACAUGACUUCAAGCAGGAUCUCAUCGCCUUGUGGAAGAUUGUCAAAGAUCCGGAGUGCAAGAGCACAGCCAUGAACCGCCUUGAGAGGCUUAGCGUUUCUUUCCAAAGCUAUGACCUCGAGCAGGCCGAGCAAGAACGUCAUGAUGCUGCAGAGAUCAUGGGAGAUCUCUACUCGGUCAUGAAGGUGGACAACCACAUUCAUUUGGCCGCUGCCAUGACGCCUCGCAUGCUGUUGGCGUUCAUUAAAGAGAAGUUGCAAAAGGAGCCCGAGCGCGAAGUGAUCAAAGGCAAAAGCUUGAAGAAACUCAUCAUGGAAGCGGUGAACUUCGACGAGACCUCGCCAGGUGGCGGCGCUCGUGAAUUGGAUGAAGAGCGCCUCGAUUCGUGCCUCCAUGUGGACGCUUUGAGGACCGUGGCCGAUGAUCACUUCUACCAUCGCUUCGACAACUUCAACGACGCCUAUAGCCCCCUGGGCUGCGCGCACUUGCGGACGGUCUUUCUGAAGAGCUCCAACCACAUUCAGGGCGCCUACUUCGGCGAGCUGGCCAAGGCGGUGAUCGAGAGCUAUGAACAGAACGACACCUACGCGGAGAUGCGCUUGUCGAUCUACGGAAAAAACCUGCGGGAGUGGGAUGAUUUGGCGAAAUGGCUGAAGGCCAACGACCUUCACUCGUCACCGGCCACUUCCAGGAACCUCUGGAUGAUCCAGAUCCCACGGGUCUUUGGAGCAUUCCACAAGGGUGGAUUGAUCAGCAACUUCGAAGAGCUCUUGAACAACAUCUUUCAGCCGCUCUUCGAGGUGGCCUUGGAUCCAGACACACAUCCGGAGCUGGCUGAGGUGCUUCCAGCCAUUACCGGCGUGGACAGCGUGGACGAUGAGAGCGUCCCAGACCAGCUUUGUGCCCGACGCUCUCAGCUCUAUGGAGAACACGUCCUGCCGCCCCACGAUGGUGACGUGCUGCGACCGCAGCUGUGGGCGGUGAGUGAGAACCCGCCCUAUUCCUAUUACUCGUUUUACAUCUAUGUGAACUUGUGCAGGUGGAACCACCUCUGCCAACUGCUGGGGCGUCCCUGGCAUUUGACCUUCCGACCUCAUGCCGGAGAGGCGGGUGAGGUGCACCACUUGGCAACCACGUUCCUCUUGGCCGACGGCAUCAACCAUGGUGUGAAUCUCCAGCACAGCCCGGUGUUGCAGUACUUGUACUUCAUCACGCAGAUUGGUAUCUCUGUGUCGCCCCUGUCCAACAACUCGCUCUUCCUGAAGAUGAGCAAGAACCCCUUCCCGGACUUCUUUCAGCGUGGGCUGAAUGUGACCUUAUCAACGGAUGACCCAUUGAUGUUCCAUGCCACCAAGGAGCCCUUGCUGGAAGAGUACACCACGGCUCGCUCCAUCUUCGGCCUCUCGAUGACGGACAUGUGCGAAAUCGCCGCCCACAGCGUGAAGCAAAGUUCCUUCGCGCCACGAGGCCAACCAUCGGGCCGAGUACAGGGCUUGUCGAGGGAUUGGGCCAUGGACCCGCGCCUGUCCAACAUCCCACAGCGGCGCUUGAACUACCGGCGGAGGUGCUUAGCGCGGGAGCUGCGGUUCCUGCAAUUUGGCCUGCUGCCAGCCGCAGAAGUGCCAGACGUUCCGGAGAAGGAUUUGGAGCUGGAGUGGUCGAAGCUGGACUUCUGAGCCGGGCGAAGUGCUUUCGCGAGCUGCCCAAGCGCCCCAGUCCACUGCGGGAGCGGUCUCCGCCGUCGAAUUGGCCGGUGCGGCCGAAGAAGCCGGAAGAAUCCAUUCAUGGGAGGUUUGACA